ACGAAAAUAAAACAUUACAGAAAGGUCUUCUCCCGUUCUCCGUCACAAUCUAGAAAGUGACAACGUGAAGAAAUCUCUCAGAAAGCGGAAAGUGAAAAAACAAAACGAAAAGAAGUGUUUUAGUCCCAAAUUUCUGAAUCGGAUCACCAAAAUUUUGGGGCUCAUAGCAAAGAAAGUUGUUAGCUUGAAAGUAUGGAAGGAGUUAGGGUAGAUGAUCCUGGGCCACUGGCACCUCUAGUGAAGUGGAGAAGCGAGUUCUCUAGGAUGUUUCGGUACUACCUGGAUAGGUCUGCUCCUUAUGUGGUUGAGAGGUGGAUAGGAACACUAGCAGCUGCAUCGAUAUAUGUAUUGCGAGUUUAUUAUGUUCGUGGGUUUCAUAUUAUAUCUUACGGGGUUGGAACCUAUCUCUUGAAUCUGCUGAUUGGAUUUCUGUCGCCCAAGUUUGAUCCUGAGCUGGAAGCUCUUGACGGGCCUUCCUUGCACACUAGAGAUAGUGAUGAUGAGUAUAGACCAUUUGUUCGACGUCUCCCUGAGUUUUUGUUGUGGUAUGCGACCACAAAGGCUUUCAUCGUAGCUUUUUUUAUGACCUUCUGUUCUGUAUUUGACGUCCCAGUUUUCUGGCCAAUACUACUUUGUUAUUGGAUUGUCCUUUUCAUUCUCACCAUGAAGCGUCAGAUAACACACAUGAUUAAGUACAAGUAUGUGCCUUUCAACUAUGGGAAAACGAGAUACGAUGAUCAGAAGAAAUCUGCUGCAAGUAGCAGUGGGUCACCGAGGGAUUGAAGUUGCAGAAGUUAUAGAAAGGUUUUUGUUCUUGUUUUGAGAAUCAUGUGCGUACAUACUUUUGUUUCUGAAGUAAACUGUCUGUCUGUAAACAAUGUGUAUAUUUUAUUUUCACAUGAAAUUAAGGCAGAUGUAGAGAGUAGACUCUGGCACAGAUUAUAUAGUAUUAUGGAGCUCAGUGUUCUUCAUGAAAUUAAGCUUUUGAUGGUUAAUUGAGC